AUGCCGCCAAAGACCAUUACGGAGGAGAUCGACGACGACACCGACGAUGAGAUCAACAGUGAGACCGACGACGACACCAACGGCGAGAUUGAAGACGAAGACGAAUCUGGCACCUUCGCUACAAACGACGAGCUUACAGCAAUCGCAGAAGAGGAUCCCACGUCCGCCGCAGGGCUCGCAUACCAGACUUCCUUUGGCACUUUGCUCUGGCAAUUGACCCAUCGUCACAACAUCUGCGAUCGUGUUACACGAGAACUUAUUAGCAGUGUUGGCCUGUACCAAAUUCAACACUGCAUCCUCGUCGUGUUGGGCCCUAGUAAUGAGGCGACAACUCCAGUCAUUAGAAUAGAGAAGGGCAACUACAAGCGUGGCCCCCAAGACGUAGCAAGGAAGCACAUAGUCUUCAAUCAACACCAGACCGCUCUCUUGUCGCAUCUCAAGUUGCCUUAUACACCGUCUGCACACUCUCUCCUCUAUGCAACAAUGGACGAUAUCUGGAGCGACACGGAGAUGAGCGAGACAUCGUUUACCACUACCGAGUCAUCACCGCCGCCAUCUCCCAUCCUGACAGACUACCAAAACAAUCUCAUCGCCACCUAUGCGUUCCACAGCGAUAGCAUCAGCGACCUCAUGAACAUCGCCGUCGAUCUUGAAAUCAGCGUUCGACGCGAGCGCGACGAACCGAGCCUCCCAUAUCUUACCGAGGAUUUGGAAAAGACGCGGGAGGAGCUGGUGUUGCACAGGGACGCGAAGCGCAGGAUUGAGAGGAACCUGAAGAAGGAGAAGGAGAAGUUGAAGAUGGUGGUUGGAAAUGGGUCAAUCGUGGCGAAGCAGCAGUUGAAUGAGAUGGCUCGUUAUAUGGAGGUGGACAAGACGAUAGAGUGUCUACGCUGA